GCAUCCAAUUUAGCCAAUACAAGUGAACGCUACACCAAAAUUUCCCUUCCCUCCACUUCAUUUGACAUCACCGAUCAAUAAAUAACCCUUUUAUUUAUGUCUUGGCUAUUUUGUCUUUUGGAAGCUGGUCCGCUGAAACCUAAGUCACUGCCAUUUGGAACAUCAACAUUACAGUUCCAAUUUAUCCUAUUUAUUUAUUGAUCCUAUUUCUCAAUUCCUUAAUCCAAAAUUUAUAAUUAAAUAUCCAAAUAAAAGUGAGGGCUCCCUUGGUCUCUUCUUCCUCCCUCCUCUCCCGGCCUUCGUCGUUUCUGUCGUUAUCAUCAUCAUCAUCAUCUUCAUCAUUUAUUUUUCUUUUUCUCUCACUUCAAUUGUUCGAAUUACCAGGAGAUCCAAGAAUUUUUCCUUCUCUUAUUUCCUCUUCACUGGCGGAUUUUUCUUUUCUUUUCGCUCUUUUUUGCGGGGAUUCUUGAGCUCCGAGCUUCGUCUUCGAGGUGUUUCGAAGUUGGAAGAGGAAGGAGGAGGAGAAGAAUAGUACUGAGUUUGCCUACAAGUAGAAGAAGAGCUCCGAAGGAGGGUUUUGGAGUGGGGACGAGUGAGAGUGAAGUGAGUAAUUGGGAGGGAUCAAUGCCUGGUGAUGAGGGCGGUGGAGUGGAGAAGAAGGGGGGAGAGGAGGGGUCGGAGUCUAAUUAUGAAUCGGGGCUGGAUCCAGGAGGCAAGAGAGCAGGGGCGGGUGUUGGCUCGCAAGAGAGGCGCGGGGAUGCGGCCGCGCAGCCUCCCAUCAUCAGCAUCGUGAUCUCGCAGCCAGAGGAGCUUCCGAAUCACUCCAAGGUGAGCGUCUCGAAGAGUGCAGCUGCUGAGGGGGAUGAGAAGAUUGCAGCUACGAAGAAGGGCUGCUUGCCAAGGAGUGAAAGUUACCAGGAGCAGUGCAGAGUUUGUCAGCAACAAACAGAAGAACCUCUGAUUGAUCUUGGGUGCAGAUGCAGAGGUGAGCUUGCACAAGCACACCGCUCAUGCAUUGAGCUUUGGUUUCGUACUAGAGGUUCAAAUAAAUGUGAGAUAUGCCAGCAGGUGGCUGUAAAUGUCCCAUUUCCAGAGUCCCAACCAAGUACAAAUUAUUGGGUUUGGAGGGUUGACCCAGCCUAUGGAGGGGGACGAGGAGAACAUGGAAGGGGAUGCUUUAGCCCUUUGUGGGUUGCCUUUGCCAUUUUAAUUGGAGGACUCCUGUUAGAUGUGCUAAUAUCUGUUUCUCUUGGUGUUUCUGCACUUCCUGUGAACAUCAUAAUUGGUGUUCUUAUUGUGCUGGGAUUAGGCACUGCCAUUCGGCUUGCACUAGAAUGUUGUCAUGAGUGGGGUUCGAGGAGAAAUAUUCAGAGGGCAGAUAUGACCUCUAUAAAUCCUGGGUACCAUCCUGCUGUGUAAUUGGCUCCGCACAUAAUAUAGAGAAAUAGUGUUUGCCAUUUUUCAUAUAUUGCUCUAUCUGGGAAAUUUGUAUCUUUGCAAAUGAUAAGGUGAAAUGCCAAGUAUAAUGUUGGUUUGCCGUUGGUACAUUGUUUA